UCCACACCCACUCGGCCGCGUCGCGACGCCCCGCAACGCCCCAGGUCCAUCCUGAACGGGCCUCCAGUGUCCGUCCUCGAGAGCCGAACAUCCGGUAAUCGAAUCGCGCGUCGGUCAGUCCUUUGAAUCGGAUACGAUCACGAGCCGCUUCUCCGGGAGCAGAAGAGGCCUCGAAAGUCGGUGCGGAACGCGGUGCCCAAGGUCAUGGUCGAGAUAAAGCCCCGAUCGCUCGCCCGGCGAUAAGCGGCCUGCUCUCGAACCUCCGGAUCGUCGUCGCCGCUGACCAGAUUCGAGUGUGUGGCCGGCUCUCAGCCCGCUCGGACGCGACCCUGUUUCAGGGCGAGGUGUGCUUCGUGCGUGAAGUGCUACUGGUUUCCAGUGUCGUUUCCCCAGUGCAGCGUAUCAGAAACACCGUAAUAAACCCGUCCACAUCCGCCCGUCAUGUUCGGAACUUGCAGGACAGAUUUCGCCGAGCUUUGAAAACCUCAGGAACAAUGUUCUCCAUCCUGGUAUCGACUCUCCCUGACUGGUACUUCCGGGUUCUAGUCUUCGGCGCGUCGACCCCUGCCAACCAUCCGCCACCCCACGAACACUUUGACAAUUACAUCUACUAUCCGGGUGAUCGCGUUCUCGGUUGCUAGGUGCAUCGACUGGUUAAAACCCAUCCUCCUCCUCAUUUUGAAGAAAAAAUUCCUCGGUUCACGGAGGUCACGGUUGACCCGGAGUCUCGUUGCCUGAGUGGAAUCGGUCCUCGGGAUCAUAUGGUCAUACGCUUGGUGACAGUCUUCGCGAAAGUCUGCGAUCCGAUUCCUGCGCUAGACGAUGCACUGGACUGCGUAGUGUUCUAUCAAAGUGCAGAGGGUCGAAAUCUGCCGCUGGAUUAUACGAGACUGAGAGAACGUUGUUUUCCUCGCUAUCGAGUGCAGGAAAACGACCGUGAAGCGUGUGAACAGUACCUCGAUUUUAUUACCAAGUCUAAUAUUACCGCAUCCGUAACUGCGUCGUUAGUUUCCGAGUUCAUCGAUGACAUCAAACCCCCAACUGUCGGUACCCGGAAUAAUUGAAACCAAAGCCAUCAUCACCGCCCCCAGGGAACUCCUUUUCUCGGCGAUCUUAUCGCGUCGGCGAACCAGAGAAUCACACCAUUGACCACCGGUCACCCUCACAGGAUUCGGAGCAUCCUCCAAGACCUUCCGACCGUUCGGAUUCUGCGGGAAGAUCAUCGUCUAGACUGGAGCUGUACCUGCCGUACGCCCCGCUGCCGGGAGGCGGCGGAAUCCUCCCGGCGGUGCCAAGCAGCGUUGGAAGCGGCGGGUGCAGGCCGGUCCUCCUUGGCGGUGUCGACCUCUCGAUGUCCGCGGCGGUCCAGCAGGUCCCACAAGGCACCGUUAGCCACGCACCGCUUCACCCCGUCGUAGGUGGCCUUCAGCUUCCGGUCCUAGGUUCGGGCCAAGUGCCGAUGAUGCCGAGGCCCCCACUGAGCAGCGUUGCUCCGAUCGGAUCUACCCUGCAGCCGACGGUUCACCACGAAGCUAACGACCUCAAUGACGCGCCACCGAACCCCGACGUCCUGCUGGCGCUUCUGGCUAGGAACAAGAGUCUCGAAGAGAAUAAACGAUCCGAAACUACCAAAAGCCAUUGUUGUCUGGUCAAGGAGCAAACAUCCAUACCGAAGUGCGGUGGUUGUCAGGAAGCCAUUUUGGACAGGUACAUCCUGAGGGUGCUCGAGAGGUGUUGGCACGCUCGUUGUCUCACCUGUCGCGACUGCGGGGCACGUCUGACCGACAAAUGCUUCGCUAGGAAUGGUCACGUAUUCUGCAAAGAUGACUUCUUCAAGUGUGGCAGGCGCUUCGGAACGAAGUGUGCUGGCUGCGGGCAGGGCUUGGCACCAUCCCAGGUCGUACGCAGGGCACAAGAGCUUGUGUACCACCUCACCUGCUUCUCAUGCGCCCUUUGCUCGCGGCAACUGGACACCGGUGACGAGUUCUAUCUCAUGGAGGAUAGGAAAUUGGUCUGCAAACCCGACUACGAACAGGCCAAGGCCAAAGAGUUGGCUGACGGCGGUAGCAUAGACGGCGAUCAGCCAAACAAGCGGCCUAGGACGACGAUAACAGCGAAGCAAUUGGAAACGCUGAAAUUGGCGUACAACAACAGUCCAAAACCUGCGCGGCACGUGAGAGAACAGCUUUCGCAAGACACAGGGCUGGACAUGCGCGUCGUUCAAGUCUGGUUCCAGAACAGAAGAGCGAAGGAGAAGAGAUUGAAAAAGGACGCGGGAAGGACUCGUUGGUCGCAGUAUUUCCGGAGCAUGAAGGGCGGCAGCGGAGGCGGACAUUCGCCUCGGCACGAAAAGCUCUUGGACAAAGACGAGCUGAAAGUGGAUCUGGACUCGAGUUUCAGUCACCACGAUUUGAGCAACGACAGCUACGGAACAGUCGUCAACAUGGGUAUGGACGGUGAGGGUGCGAGUCCAGGGGGUGGUGGGGGUGGAGGAGGCGGUGGACCACCUCGAGGAUAUCUUGGCGGCACGACACCGCCGUACCUCUCGGCAUCGAGAUCACCCUCGUUGCCACCACAGUUUCCUUAUCCACCCGACUCGGGGUUGUCCGUCUACACCACCCUCGGAGGACCCGGCGGUAUGGUACCAGGACCAGCGUCGGACUUGAGCAACGAGUCGAGUGGGGGUGGCGGGGGUGGAGGAGGCGUAGGAUACCCCGACUUCCCCCCAUCGCCAGACUCAUGGCUUGGAGAGACACCGGCGCACCCUCACCAUCAUCCUCACUACGCCACAUAACCCCCCAAAUUCGUCGCGACCCCCGUAAAAAUUGCCUGAUGAACCGCGAAGAUCGAUUGAUAUCAGCUACAGCAAUCACGCGAUACUUGGGAACAACUUUGGCAAAAAAAAAAAAAAAAACCGUCAAAGAUUUGUCAAACAAUACACGGAAUUUUAUUUUCCAGUUUUCUUAUCCUCCGUUUUUAACAUGUUCACUUAUUCUGUUCUGAUUGUAUAUCUUGUACGAAUUCAAUCCACCCCCCACCCUCUUCCUACCCUCGAUCAACUUCCAAAAAAACUGUGUGACCACGUGUUGUUUCCCAAACGUUCGAUCGUGCAUGGUCAAAGGUAAGACCGGCGUUGACAGAAAAGAAUGAUAAGAGAAAAGAAAAGACAACAAUAAAAGAACAACGUCAUCAUCACACUUCAUGUUGACUACCAUUAAACUAUUAUUUAUUCUUAUUAUAGUCGUUACAUAUAUUGCGUACAUGCUAUACAUGUAUAAUUACACGUGACACUACUAUAAAUAUAACAUUGCUAUUAACAUAGAUUUAUAUUAAACAAACACACGCGCGCGCACACACACACACACACACACACAUAUAUAUAUAUACAAGUUCUUUGUUUCACGUUACGAUAUAAUAAUGUCUUAUAGAUUUAAUAUUUGGUAGCUAGGGUAGGUAUAGAUUAAUUAUUGUGUCGUACCGUUAAAAACAAUUUUAGGUAUGUAGUCUGUAUACAGGAACAGCGUGCUCCCAUCUUAAUCACGAUGGAUAAUUUAUCGAUCCUACUGCAACCAAUAUGAAAUAAAGUUACGUCAACAAGCCUCUGUGAAUAAUAACGAGAAUCGAAAAAUCAGAAAACGCUGAAUCGAAUAGCCAAUAGCUUGUAAGUGUCGAAGUUUAAGAUCGGAGAUGAUUUUACUCUUUCAAUAAUAAUUACGUUGAGAUUUUCAUUUCAUGUUUCUCUCGAUAUUUCCGCAGUAGGGAAAUAGAAUUAUUGAAAACACAUGCAAUUGGCACAAAAUUCAGUUGAUCAAAUAUCGAGUUUACCCGGAAAUUAGGAGAAAUCGAUUUUCGGAUAAGUAAGCGACUGGUAAAUAUUGUUCGGAUAAAUUUCAUUUUUUUACUUUUGUGUAACACUUGUACAGACAGCUCGCUAAUCAGCGUUGAAUUAUACUUGAAGUUUUAUACCGCUCUUAAAGUUUGACCAGAAAAUUGUUUUGUUAUACCUGAUACUGGAAGUAUAUCUGAGCACGAUGCUCCUCGUCAAUCAAUGCGGUACUUUUGUCUUCUACCACGCUUCUGUAACGCUAUAUGGGAAUAAAACAUAAAGUAUUGUAAAUACGUCAGAUUAGAUUUUAUUGUACAUGUAUGCUUUUAGCUAUCAGAGUUUAAAAAAAUCAUCAUGUACCUAUAACAUAUUAUACCCGCACUGGAAGUCUCCUCGUCUAUAAGUUGUGUACAUAUAACAUAUAUGUAUAGUAUAAUAAUUACAAGCCUUCCGCAACGUACAAAAAUUAUUGCGUCUGUCCCUUGUAACUCCGCUGCGUUUGCUCAGCUGAUUCAUAUACAUUCAUAAUGUAACUAAUAAUAAUAUUCAAUAAUCACAUACAACCAUUACUUUAUGAUAGAUUACUACCAUCGCCAUGACAUAUGUAUUACAAUUUGCGUAUACGUGCAACACAGUUUUUGUGUAAAAUUUUAUCAAAUUUAUAUUAAAAAAAGAAAAACCAAACGAAAGAAAAGAAAUUUGUCGACUCAUUGUCCGUUGCCGAAGAGCUUUAUAUAUAUAUGUGCCCGGAAAAAUGUUUUGGUCAAAGAAUUGCGGUGGAAUCAGGACCGCUGCGAUCGCGUAAAAACCGCAACGAGUCGCAUGACCACUAAUCUGGGUGUCUUAAUUGUCCAUAUUACACGUUGAAAAACAACUUCACAGUAAUGAGCAGAGAAAUACGCUUAAUUCCGAGCUGCAGCGGUAUUUUUCUCAGAAAAUUGACCCGAUCAAUAUUGGGAUCCAAAAUACGGGCGCGGCCGUACGCAAUAUGGCGCCCAUGCUAGCGAUCAGCUGAUCGUAUCAGACGAAAAUCACACAAAUGUGAAAGCAUAGGAAAUCUCGUGCAAGUUGCUGAGCCUCUGUUUUGUUACAUUCAGUUUCUGCGGGGCGAAGAAUUCAAUGGAAAAGUAUUUUAUAAUUAUAUAUGGUAAUAUCACCCGAUAUCUUGGAUCCUAAUAAGUGUAAGGGAAAAUUUUCGUCCUUUUCAUGAUACUCAAAAUUAAUCAUAGACGAGCACGUCAGAUUAUGUGUCCCUAAGUCGCGAGGAUCUAGUGAUAAUUAUAUAUUGGCCGAGUAUGUAUGCGAUAUAGCGAUAGCGAUAAUCUUGUACAUUCAAUUAUAUAAUAUAUUAUAUACAUAUUAUACUCGAAUCAAAGCCAUUGACUCGUCCCAAUCGCGCAGUGUAUAAUAUUAGAAUGUCGGAUGACUUGUGGCGUUCACUAUAAUUAUUCAAGGACAGAUCCAUGCAGCAUUUUGCGUGGUUUUCCAAAAAUUCAUUCAUAACCAGUUAUUGCGGAUAUUUAUAUUAUUAUCUAGUCAUCACGUGAUAAUAAAAUUGAUCAUAAUCAA